AAUAAUUAAAGAAGCAAACAAAAAGAAAGAGCAUAGAGGACGAAUAGCCCAUCACGGAUGAGUUCUUGAAAUAAUAGAUUCCCCUAAUUGGUCUCUCCCCAAAAACAAACAAUCCCUUCCCUGCAACGCAUACCUUAAUUUAAUAAAAUAAUUUACCUUUCCGUGUUAUUUCCAUUAUCCAUCACGGACUGCUACAAAACAACAUAUCUUUUGAAAACUACGCUUUAAAAACCUGUAAACAUACCCUCCCUUUCAUUUUCAAGAAUUGCUCUAAUGGCCUCGGUUUCUCAAAGCAGACUGCUGCUCUGCUUCUUCUCACUCUUCUGUUUUCAUGUUCUGAGUUCAAGAACCCGAGUUUCGGCCGCUGUUUUCGCCUGCGAUGUUCGGAGCAAUCCGUCAUUGGCGGGUUUGGGAUUCUGUAACGCGUCGCUGGGGAGCGGGGAGAGAGUCGGGGACCUGGUGAAGAGACUUACAUUGCAAGAAAAAAUAGGGUUCUUGGUGAAUAGUGCAGGGAGUGUGAGCAGGCUUGGUAUACCCAAGUAUGAAUGGUGGUCUGAAGCUUUGCAUGGAGUGUCUUAUGUGGGUCCUGGUACGCAUUUCUCCAGUGUUGUUCCUGCUGCUACCAGCUUUCCUCAAGUCAUUUUAACUGCUGCUUCUUUCAAUGCUUCUCUUUUUCUAGCCAUUGGAAAGGUGGUUUCGACUGAAGCAAGAGCCAUGUACAAUGUGGGACUGGCAGGGUUAACAUUUUGGUCUCCAAAUAUUAAUAUAUUUAGGGACCCCAGAUGGGGAAGAGGCCAGGAAACUCCAGGUGAAGACCCUUUGCUUUCCAGCAAAUAUGGCUCUGCUUACGUUACGGGUCUCCAACAAUCGGAUGAUCCUAAUCCUGACAGCCUUAAAGUGGCUGCUUGUUGUAAGCAUUAUACUGCCUAUGAUUUAGAUAACUGGAAAGGAACCGACCGUUACCAUUUCAAUGCUGUCGUAACACAGCAAGAUUUAGAUGAUACCUUCCAGCCACCGUUCAAAAGCUGUGUUGUAGAUGGCAAUGUUGCCAGUGUCAUGUGCUCCUACAAUCAGGUGAAUGGUAAGCCUACUUGUGCUGACCCGGACCUCCUUUCUGGGGUCAUCCGAGGCCAAUGGAAACUCAAUGGAUACAUUGUUUCUGAUUGUGACUCGGUAGAUGUGAUCUACAACUCCCAACAUUACACUAAAACUCCGGAAGAGGCUGCAGCCAUCACUAUAUCGGCAGGAUUAGAUCUGAAUUGUGGAUCUUUCCUAGGCCAACAUACAGAAGCUGCUGUGAAAGGUGGAUUAUUGAAUGAGUCGGCAAUUGAUAAUGCUGUGUCGAACAAUUUUGCUACUCUGAUGAGACUUGGAUUCUUCGACGGAGAUCCUAGCAAGCAUGUGUAUGGAAAUUUAGGUCCGAAAGAUGUAUGCACAGCAGAGCACCAAGAGCUGGCUCGCCAAGCAGCCAGGCAAGGGAUAGUGUUACUUAAGAACUCUCCUGGAUCACUUCCCCUGUCCCCUACUGCCAUCAAAACUUUGGCAGUUAUUGGACCCAAUGCCAAUGUCACAAAAACAAUGAUUGGGAAUUAUGAAGGUACCCCUUGCAAAUAUACAACCCCUCUGCAAGGGCUAACAGCAUCAGUUGCAACAACAUAUCUGCCUGGCUGCUCCAAUGUUGGCUGCAGCACAGCCCAGGUGGAGGAUGCAAAGAAAUUAGCAGCAUCAGCGGAUGCUACCGUGUUAGUAAUGGGAGCUGAUCAAUCUAUUGAAGCAGAGAGUCGGGACAGAGUGGACAUUCGUCUUCCAGGACAGCAGCAGCUAUUAAUAAGUCAAGUUGCAAAUGUAUCCAAGGGACCUGUUAUUCUUGUUAUAAUGUCUGGAGGCGGAUUUGAUAUCUCGUUUGCUAAAACUGAUAACAAAAUCACAAGCAUCUUAUGGGUUGGCUACCCUGGCCAAGCUGGUGGAGCUGCCAUUGCUGAUGUUAUCUUCGGUUACUACAAUCCAAGUGGCAGACUUCCAAUGACAUGGUAUCCACAAUCAUAUGUAGAUAAAGUACCAAUGACCAACAUGAAUAUGAGAGCAGAUCCCUCCAAAGGGUAUCCUGGUCGAACCUACAGGUUCUACACAGGAGAAACAGUAUUUUCUUUCGGUGAUGGGCUAAGCUAUUCGGAAUUUAAGCAUAAACUGGUUAAAACGACUCAAAUAGUAUCACUUCCAUUGGAGGACGACCAUGUUUGUCGAUCAUCAAAAUGCAUAUCAGUAGAUGCUGGCCAACAGAAUUGCCAAGGUUUAGCUUUUGAUAUACAUUUACAAGUCACAAAUUCCGGAAGAACUAGAGGAAGCCACACCGUGUUCCUGUUCUCUUCGCCUCCGUCAGUGCACAAUUCACCACAUAAGCAGUUGGUGGAUUUUGACAAGGUUUCUUUGGAUGCAAAAGCAAAUGGAAUGGUAAAAUUUAAGGUUGAUGUUUGCAGGCAUUUAAGUGUCGUGGAUGAAUUCGGGAGCCGGAAAGUUGCCUUAGGAGAACAUGUUCUUCAUAUUGGAACCCUCAAACACUCCUUGACUGUAAUGAUUUGAUGAUUCUGUUUUUUCCAUUCAUAAUUGAAUUCAAAAUGGAAAUUUGUGCAGUGAAUAUAGUUGAGAGAGUUGUAACAGUUUUCUCAAUUGAUUCAUAUAGCCUAAUUGUUCAAAAUUUAACAUUUGAAAUCCAAUUCAAGUUUUAUGGUCAA